AUGCAUACAGAGCAGGAAUGCAAGCAAGCAAAGGAGCAGGAGUCUCGGAGCAUCACACAGCGCCGCGCUGCCGCCAACAUGCCUACAGCGCCACCAGCAUUUGACGACUACCCCAAAGUUAAUGACCAUGCAGCUGUUGAUGAGGCUCCCAGGCAGGAAGAGAAGUGGGAGACCGACACCCGCAUGAUCAUCGACUUCCUGUGGUCUGAUCCUCGUGGAGGUGCUGGCUACGGUCCCUCCUACCGCAAGAGCCGCGGUGUCUUCAUGUUCGGCCCCGACGUGUCUGACCAGUUUAUCCGAGAGAACAACCUGAAGCUCGUGAUCCGAUCUCACGAGGUCAAGGCGGAAGGCUACCUCCAGGACCACCCGUCGCUGAUGAGCGUCUUCAGCGCUCCCAAUUACCUGGACACCGGAGGCAACAAGGGUGCGUUCCUGCAGCUGUCUCCAGGCCCUGAUGGGAACAUCCAGGUGACGCCUACCAGCUUCAUGGCGGUUCCUCAUCCGGACCUCCCUCCGAUGUACCACCAGAACUACAUUGCGGAGAACCAUCCACAUCUCACACGGCAGAUGAAGAAGAAACAGGUGGCCCAGGCGGAUGACUUCGGCGACAGUGAUUUCGCGGGCUACCAG